AUGGUUCGUUACAGGACAUUUAUCUCUAUCUACAUCAAUGAAUGUGCAGAUGGGAGUCACAACUGCCACUCUGAAGCCACCUGUACCAACACACCUGGCAGUUUCACCUGUGCUUGUAACUCAGGCUACGCGGGCGACGGUGUCACAUGUACCGAUAAUGACGAAUGUGCGGAUGGUACCCACAACUGCAGCCCCGAAGGCUUCUGUACCAACACACUUGGCAGUUUCACCUGUGCUUGUGACUCAGGCUACGCGGGAGACGGUGUCACCUGUACCGAUAAUGACGAAUGUGCGGAUGGUACCCACAACUGCAGCCCCGAAGGCUCCUGUACCAACACAGAAGGCAGUUUCACAUGUGCUUGUGACUCAGGCUAUAGCGGUGACGGUGUUACCUGUACUGACAAAGACGAAUGUGCGAAUGGCACCCACAACUGCAGCCCUCGUGGCUCCUGUACCAACACACCUGGCACUUUUACCUGUGCUUGUAAGUCAGGCUACAGCGGAGACGGUCUCAACUGUACAGACAACGACGAAUGUGCAAAUGGCAGCCACAACUGUAGCCCUCAUGCCUCCUGUACCAACACACCUGGCAGUUUCACCUGUGCUUGUGACUCAGGAUACAGCGGAGACGGUGUCAACUGUACCGAUAUCGAUGUAUGUAUGACCGGUAUCCACAACUGCAGCUCCAAAGCCUUCUGUACCAACACAGACGGCAGUUUCGCAUGCACCUGUAACUCGGGCUACAGGGGCGACGGUAUGUCAUGUGCAGCCCUCGCUGACCUGACUUUUACGGAUGUGGGGAUGGACUACGUCGCGAUGUCCUGGACGGCACCGACCGACCUGACCAUCAGCCGAUACCGGGUCCGGUACCAGCGCACAGGCGGCACACACAAGGACCUGCACCCGCCGCCCUUCGCUAACAGCACGAUGGCCACCGUGUGGGGUCUGUGGGCUCACACGGAGUACACCUUCACUAUCACCUCUUUUGAUGAGAACGACCAGGAGAACGGAGAAAUCAGCGGGAUGCAGAUGACAGAUGAGGUGGAAGUGAACGUGGUUUGUGACAAUGGACAGAUGCAGGUGUCCUUCCCCAGAGCGGCGUUACCAGGUGUGGACGUGGAGAACAUGCACCUGCUGAACGACACCUGCCGCGCCACCGUCAGCCCCACACAGGUGACGGUGAAGACCGGACUGGAGGAGUGCGGAACCAUCCCAGUUACUUCGUCAGCUGAUAAACUCACCUACAUCAACGAGGUCAUCGGCAGCCACGUGACGUAUGAGAAUGGCGCCGUCAGGGCCACGCCCUUCCGCAAACGGUUCCAGUGUGAGUUCCUCCGUCAGUAUGUGGUCUCACAGGGAAGAGAAAUCCUGUACAACAUCCCCUCCCCUCGGGUGAAACUCAUUGAUGCGCUGAACAACAGUUUCGUCUUUGAGAUGAACAUUUUCACGUCUCCAGCCUUCAGCGCUACCUACAGCUCAGCUAACUUCCCUCUACGGGUGUUGCCGUCUGACCGUCUCUACUACGGCCUGAGCGUUGAAUCUCCGCUGAACAACCUGGAGCUGUUUGCCCAGGACUGUGUCUCCACACCCACCAUGGACCCUGAUGACCUGCCACAAGUCUUCAUCAUUCAGAACGGGUGCGACCUCGACCCAACCCUGCAAAGGAAGAGUGCCCGUUCUACGGACAUGGCCCUGUACUUCUCCAUCAAGGCCUUCACUUUCCCCGCCGCUGUCGAUCCCAGUCUGGUGUAUCUCCAUUGCACCAUGGUGGUGUGUCCGAAGGAUGACCCAAACUCCCGAUGCAGGCAGGGAUGCAUCCCCGCUAGGCGUCGUAGAGAUGCCGUAGAGGAGGCCCGUUUCCGACGCACAAGCAGCAAUGACCGUCAAAUGUCUGUCACUGGGGGACCGUUUAGUAUCUUGAGCGGUCAAGGAACAGAUGACACCAUCCCCACAGGGGGUGAGGGGAAAAACGCUGCUGCCUUCCCCACCGUGGGGGUGGCCAUAGGAUCCGCUGGGGCACUGAUGGGUGUCCUACUGCUGGCUGCUGCCGUGGUUAUGGUGACCAAGAGCAAUGCAUGGGUCACCAAGGCCCCGACUGAGGACGUCAUGGGGAUGGACAACAAAGCCUACCAGAUGUGAGGAAAGACAGAGCCUGCAGCUGAGCCUGUGUAGAUGUCCUGCCUCCAUGGAUGGAGCCACUGGCAUGUCUGUACACAGCUGCAUACAUAAAAAUGUGAUAUGAUCAUAUUUUAGACAAUGUUAGAUGUAGAAAAACUCAUUACUCAAGGAUUUUAUAUGAACAAAAUACUGAUGAACAGAAGAAGGCAUAAUUCAUGCUUCUCUAAAAUAAGGGGUGCAAAGUGUUAACACCAUGGCUUGAAGAAAAGUAUUUUCUCAACUAAGUGUGAUAUCAUGUUUUAGAUAGUAUCAUAUGUAGACAAACUCAUUACUCAUGGACUUUAGACAUGUAUGAACAAAAUGCUAAUGAACAGGAAACUAUGAGCAAAAACAUGGGAGUGUGUGUGUGUAGUAAUCACCCACGUGAAUGGCAUAAAAGUCUGACUGUAUCAAUGGAAGGACAAUAUCUGGAUUUGGCAAAUACUUCUAAGUUUAAGAAUUACUUUGUAUACACUAUACAAUAUUCAAGGUUUUACCAGUAAAUAUACAGCAGUACAUGUAGAUGUAUUGUGAGUAAACUUGCAGCAUGACUAAGAUCAAGAAGACAUUUGGUUCCCUAAAAUAAGGGUUGCGAAGCGUUAACACCAUGGCUUGAAGAAGACACAAUACUUGUAGAAGAAAAACAUUUUCUCAAUUAUGUGUGAUGUAAUAUCUUAGACGUUAGAUGUAGAGAAACUCAUUACUCAAGAAUUUUAUAGGAACAAAAUACUAACGAAUAGGAAACUAUGAGCAGAAAAAAAUGCAUUCCUGUGUGUGUAGUAAUCACACACAUGAGUAGUAUCAAAGUUUGACUGUACCAAUGGAAGGACAAUAUCUGGAUUUGGCAAAUACUUUAAGAAUUACUUUGUAUAUUCAAGAUUUUAGCAAUAAAUCUUCAGGUGUGGUAUUACUGCAUGUGAAGUUGUAGUCCAUGUGUUUACAGUCCACUUGAUCAAUAUAUAUCUUGCAGGUCAUUUUGAGCCCAACCACUCAGUGUGCACACCAGUUCUACUAAACACAUCUCCAAAAUAUCACAAAAUCCAUCCACAGCUUCUCGCAUUAUGCACUUCACACACAAACUGCACCCAAAACAUAACCUUCUUGGCGAUAGCAAACAAACAACAUAAACACACAACGCCCAUUCAUAACAGACACUAGUUAUUAUGUAAAGGCAUAGUCAAGAUUUUAUUGCAUACACCUCCAAUAUAGAGAGAUUACAACAAAAAUCAAGACCAUCAUACAACCAAUGGAUAUACCAAUAUAAGCGUAGUACUGACACUCAACAUUUCAAGGGAGCGUUUUGGGAGGGGGCUGUCUUUGAAAUCUGACCCAACGAUACAUCAGAAAGCAAGACAGUGGUCAGCUGGAUACACGAGAACACAGAAACACAGCUUGAGUUGCUACAUAGGAGUGACAGUCCCAUUGUUUUCUAUUUUCUGAGGAUA